GCAAUUCAACGCAGUAUGCUUUGUUUACCCUGUGUCUCAGUCACUACCAGAAAUAUGUUCUCCAUGGCCAAAAUGGGAGAGGGCUGGAGGAAGUUCCUUCUUCUCAUGUGGAAGAACUGGACGCUCCAGCGAAGACAUCCCAUCCAAACAGCGGUGGAGAUUCUUGCUCCAGUUCUCCUAGCUUCACUUCUAGUCCUGAUCCGAAGUCUUGUGGCACCUGAUAACUUUGACACCGUCUCCACAUACAAGCCUUUCUCAGUGGAGGACACAAAUGGCACACUAUUCAGCAUCAGUGAAAUUCAGAGGAUAAUAAUGCCACUUGUCAAAGCAUCACCAUAUGCUAAUGGGCAGAAGGAUCGUCACACAAGAAAAUAUGGUCUACGCAAAAAGCAGCUCAUGCGUUUUACAAAACUAAAGCCUGGCUAUUUUAAGAAACGAGAAAACUGGACUAUUGCCUGGUCUCCAGAAUCAGAUCCUUUUAACAGCAUCAUGCAUGAGGUCACUCUCAAGUUAAGUGACGCAGCAGUUAAUGUGUCAUUUGUCUCUAAACCAUAUAAAAGCGAGGCAGAAUUAUACAAUGCACUUACAUCACGCACGAUAAAUGUUAUGGAAAAUGUACUAGCAGGAGUUGCUUUUGAUGAUUCUAAUCCAUUUUCAGAAAUGAUCGAGAUGACAAUCAGAUUCCCAGGAGAACUGCGGUUUAAGGGGAAUGAAACUGAUUGGCGCACAAAUCUCCUCUUUCCAGUAUAUCAAGUGCCUGGUCCGCGCUCAAGUCUGUAUAAUCAAGGAGGGCUCCCCAGUUACUGGUAUGAAGGUUUCUUAUUAUUACAGCAUGUUAUUUCUUCAGAAAUUGUCAAGUAUAUAAAUAACAGCAUAAGUCUACCUCAAAUAAUGCUUCAGAGAUUCCCAUAUCCUCCAUAUACACACGAUGAUAUGCUUGAGGCUCUGAAAAGAAAUGUACCACUGAUCAUGAUGGUCAGCUUUGUCUACACUUGUAUAAAUACAGUAAAGGUCAUCACUGUAGAGAAGGAACGCCAGCUCAAGGAAGCCAUGAAGAUAAUGGGAUUGCCCAAUUGGUUACACUGGACAGCUUGGUUCAUCAAGACAUUUAUGUUUGUGAUGAUUUCAGUGAUCUUAAUUGUGUUCUUGAUGAAAGUGCCAUGGUAUCCUGGCACUAAUCUCACUGUAUUCUCCUAUAGUGAUCCUGUACUUCUCUUAGUCUAUUUCAUUGUUUAUAUGGCUGCCAGCAUCUGUUUCUGCUUCAUGAUCUCUGUCUUAUUUUCUAAAGCCAAUACAGCAUCACUGAUGGCUGCUGUGCUGUGGUUCUUCUCAUAUGUGCCUUUCAUGUUUAUGUCAGAGCAGUAUGAAAACCUGUUUCUGCCAAGCAAAAUUUCAGCAUGCCUGCUUUCCAACAGUGCCAUGGCAUUUGGAUUUCAGCUGUUUCUAAUGUAUGAAGGAGCUGGAGUUGGCAUGCAGUGGCAUAAUAUCUGGACUCCAGUAACACCAGAUGAUGACCUCGUAUUAGGUCAUGUAAUAGUCAUGUUGCUGGUGGAUGCACUCCUGUAUCUUCUUUUAACUCUUUAUAUUGAAGCUGUUUUUCCUGGUGAAUAUGGAGUGCCUAGACCAUGGUACUUUCCUUUCCAGCUUUCUUACUGGUGUGAAAAUUCUGAUUACAAACCAUUCUUUGAUACUGUUGGAAAGAGAGCUGAUGUUGACAAUUCCGAUGUCUAUGAGGCUGAACCUAGAAAUCUACCUGCUGGAAUACAAAUUAAACAUCUGAGGAAGAAAUACAACAAUAAGAUAGCUGUGCAGGAUCUAACUAUGAACAUGUAUGAGGGCCAUAUUACAGUGCUGCUGGGUCAUAAUGGAGCAGGAAAAACUACAACAAUGUCCAUGUUGACAGGCAUGAUUACACCAACAAGCGGAACUGCUGUGGUCGGAGGUUUCGAUGUUAGAACUGAUAUUCAUAAGGUUCGAGAAAGUUUGGGUUUGUGUCCACAGCAUAAUGUCCUGUUUGAAGACCUUACAGUAAAAGAACAUCUGUAUUUCUUUGGAAAGUUGAAAGGGCUGACAGGUGCUGCACUGAAAGCAGAGAUAAAGAAAUACAUUUCACUGCUAGAACUGAAUCCAAAGGAAAAUUCAGAGUGCUACACAUUAUCAGGAGGCAUGCAAAGGAAAUUGGCUGCUGGAGUGGCCCUUUGUGGUGGCUCCAAAAUUGUGAUGUUUGAUGAGCCAACAUCUGGAUUAGAUCCAGCUGCAAGACGAGCACUGUGGGACAUUCUUCAGGCAGAGAAGCAUGGCCGUACAACACUUCUUACAACACACUUCAUGGAUGAAGCAGAUCUGCUUGGUGACCGUAUUGCUAUCAUGGCUGGUGGGGAACUUCAGUGUUGUGGGUCGUCAUUCUUCCUAAAAAAGAAAUAUGGUGCUGGCUACCGUUUGAUUAUUGUGAAGGGCCCAAAUUGCAAUGUGGAGUCUGUAACACGACUACUACACGAAUUUAUUCCAGAUCUCAGUGUUGAUCAGAAUAUAGGGUCAGAACUUUCCUACCUUCUGAAUGAAGAUAAGUCAUCAGUGUUUGAAGCAAUGUUGUCUAAACUUGAAGAAAAUAAGACCAGACUAGGUUUGCUCAGUUAUGGAGUGUCCCUGACAACUAUGGAAGAAGUUUUCAUGAAAGUUGGCAGAGACAUGGAAAUUACUGCUUCUGAUGAACAUCAACAGGUCAAUGGCAUUAACAAUGCAGUUUAUACAAGUUCCUUUGAAAUAGAUGAUAGCUCCAUCUUGCCAAAUGAAACAAAAUGUUUUGUGGCACAUAGUGUUCGUCUUUAUACCAUCAGCCCAAGGAAUACUAGCAGUUCCAUAGGGAUGUCAUUGCAACAAAAGACAUAUUUCUUCAUUUUUAACAUCAAGACGGAUUCAUUUCCUGAAAGCAAGACUUCAAAAUUGCAGGCAACUGAGAGGAAAAAAGCAACUGAAGUGACUAUGCCACAUUAUCCACUUCUAAAAGGAAGUGCAUUAUUGAUGAAUCAGUUAACUGCUAUGUUCAUGAAGAAAGUAUUAUAUGUAUGGCGAACAUGGUAUAUAACAUUGAUUCAAAUUCUGAUGCCAGCAUUCUUCUUAAUACUGACAAUCAUUAUAGUCAAGACAUGGGAGACAAUUCCAGACCUUCCUCCACUUAACAUUGACUUGAAGGCCUAUGGCCAAACAUUCACACCAAUAGAAGUGAAAAAUAAACACCUAAAUGAUAUUGCUCUAGUAUACAAAGAUCUUACAGAUGGCAUUAUACUGAAUGAGACAAUGUCUGACUACAUACUGAGACAGUCAAAAAUUGAUCUACAAGUAGUGAGGCAGAAUUACAUUGUGGGAGCAACAUUUAGUGGUAAUGAAACAGCACCAACCAUCAUAGGUUGGUUCAACAACUUGCCAUACCACAGCAUUCCUCUUGCAGUUGGAAUGAUCUACAAUGCUCUUCUCAAAGUCUUCACUCACAACACUACCAUUAGUGUGGUCAAUUAUCCUCUGCCAUACACUGAGGACACUGUGAUUGGCUUCCAGUCAUGGGCAUCCAACAGUAUGGGUUUCCAAGUGGCAUUCAGUUUGGGGUUCAGUAUGGCUUUUGUUUCAGCAUUUUUCAUUAUUUUCUAUGUUAAGGAGCGUGUAAGCAAAGCAAAGCAUUUGCAGAUUGUGUCCGGAGUUGAGGUACUGACAUUCUGGCUGUCUUCGUUUGUCUGGGACCUGUUUUUCUUUGUUGGUGUUAUCAUUACCUUCACAGCAUUCCAAGAGGAAGGCUUCAGCACAGGCAGUGAACUAGGAAGAAUUCUUGUAGUGAUUAUUUGUUUCUCCUGGAGCCUGUUGCCAGGGACAUACUUACUUUCAUUCCUGUUCGAUGUUCCAUUGACAGGGUUCACAAGAAUGACUAUGAUCAAUGUUGUGACAGGCAUUGCUGCAUAUAUGACAGUGAAUAUUUUGAAAUUACCAUCACUAGAACUGCAGGAUGUUGCCAAGGUUCUGGACUGGGUCUUUCUAUUCUUCCCACAUUACUCACUGUGUGCAAGCAUACACAGCUUGUAUACCAACUAUGCUUAUAACAAAGCCUGUUCUCUUGCACUGAUACUUCCAGGAAUGUGCAGUCGACCAAAUGCAUGUUGUAAAAAUAAUUGCCCUGAAAAUGGUUGUUUACAAAGGACCGACGACUAUUUUGACUGGGAGGUACCUGGAAUUGGACGUAAUAUUUUCUUUUUUAUGUUGGAUGGAAUUUUAGUCAUUAUAGUGCUGCUGAUGAUGGAGUUCAGACUGUUUGAAAGAUUGAUGUACUUCAUACAGAAGUCAGAUGUUAAAAUAGGAACAGAUAACGAUGGACAAGAAGAAGGAUUGGACAGUGAUGUUGCAGCAGAAAAAUCAAAAAUGCUUAUGACUGAAACUAGUCUUCUGCUGAAUGAAUAUGACUUGGUUCUGAAAGAUGUGACAAAAUAUUAUGGCAAAUUUUUAGCCGUAAAUAAGCUCUGUUUGGGUGUCAAAAAAGGAGAAUGCUUUGGUUUGCUGGGUGUGAAUGGUGCUGGCAAGACUACUACUUUUAAGAUGAUGACUGGAGAUGAGAAGAUAAGUGCAGGAGAAGGCUAUGUCAGUGGUCUGAGCCUGAAGUCAAGUAUGAAAGAGGUGCAUCAGCUGAUUGGUUACUGUCCACAAUUUGAUGCUGUUCUGGAAGACCUGACUGGAAAUGAGACACUCACUAUGUUCUGUCUAUUGAGAGGAAUACCAAAAGAAAAGUGUCAGUAUGUAAUAAAUUAUCUGGCAGAUGAACUUCUUUUCAGAAAACAUAUCAACAAAAAAAUUAAGGAAUACAGUGGUGGUAACAAGCGCAAACUUAGCACAGCAGUAGCUCUUAUAGGAGAUCCACCUGUGAUUUAUUUGGAUGAACCAACCACGGGCAUGGAUCCAGUUGCUAAAAGACAUCUCUGGAAUGUGAUAUGCAAAGUCAGAGAUAGUGGUAGAUGCAUCAUCCUUACAUCCCACAGUAUGGAGGAAUGUGAAGCUCUCUGUACUCGCCUUGCUAUCAUGGUGAAUGGUCAUUUCAAGUGCCUUGGCUCCACACAGCAUCUCAAAAAUAAAUUUGCAAAGGGUUACACACUCAUUGUGAAGAUCAAGAAAACACCGACCUCACUAGACAAUGGCAGUGUUUCAAAUAGUCAUAGCAUUCUUUCAAAAGACGUUGAUUCAUAUGAUCUGCAACCCAUCAAGAAAUUUAUUGUUGAAUCAUUUCCUGGGGCUAUUCAAAUGGAAGAGUACCAGGGUCUCCUAACAUACAGCAUUACUAAUCCAACAUUAACCUGGGCAAGGAUGUUUGGAAUGAUGGAGCAUGCAAAACGCCAGCUCAACAUUGAGGAUUACUCUCUAGGACAGACCAGUUUGGAGCAAGUUUUUCUAACAUUUACAAAGAAACAAAGAGAAGACUGAUUCAAAAUCAGACAGUAGACUCCAGUAUGGUGAUAUCAGGGAGAAGGUACACUGAUAAUGGAGCUUCCUGCAUCAGAUACCAAUUCUCCAAUAGCACUGCAACGUGAAUGCUGUAUUUCAGGAAACUUUGUGUGUCAGGCACAGGAAAUUGUCCUGAAUGCAAGAACUGUAUAUGCAGUAUAGGAACUGAAGUUCUUGAAGUGCCAUAUAUAUAUCAUUAUUUUUACUUAACCUCUGUUAAUGAUAUUUGAUCUGACACAGACUCCACGACUGCUGAGUCAGCUCACAAUUAUGCAGAGUUAUUGAUUACCAUGUGGAUAAUAAGCAGUGGUUUCAGUGAUCAAAACAAUGUAAUAACUUUGUUAGCAAAUGAAGGAAACAGAAUGUAAUCAUUUCUGCAAUCCUAAAGCUCCACCAAUUAGAAAAAUCCAAGAAGUCUUGAGUAGGCAAUUGUAAGUAUCAUACCUAUGGAACUGCAUCCACAGAAUGGCCAUUAAGUCACUGUGCAUUUAUACUGCUAUGGAUCUAAACAUCUGCUUCCUAGUACAGACUUCAAAAGUUCAGCGAAAAUGUGACAAUCAAUGCAAAAUGCUACUUCGAAGCAUUACUUUUACCUAGUAGGAUUUGAGGUUUUCAUGGCAGUGAGUCCAAAGAUGGCUGUCUUCUGGGUUGUAGUGCCGUGUAGUCUGGUAGAAGUUUACCAAUGCCCUAAUGAUGGAGGCAGCAAGAGCCUCUGAAACGCUGGUAAACUUCUAUGAGACUACACGGCAUCACAAACCCAGACAUCCAUCUCCAUUACUUUACCUAUUUAUUAUAUGGUUAAAUGAGGACAAAAUCACAUACUGCAUUUCUCCAUGACAUUACUACAAGGGAUUUGGGGUGAAAGAUUAAGUUCCAAUGAUGUCUGUCCACUGAGUUCACCACCGAAGUACACCUGAUUUUCGGUUUGUGACAUAAGUACAAACAUUCACAAUGUCCGUAAACUUGAAUAGAUAAGUUCUACUGAAAGAAAUCCUUGGACUGAAUUGGUGCCUGUCACUGAAAACAUACAUGCACAUUUACAAGCAUGUGAGGGCAAUUUUAAACAGUUUCUGUAACAAGUCAAUAAAAUAUGUAUUUUGAAAGUUACAGUAGCAGUUGUGCAUAGGGACUUAAUGGUCACCUUGCAUAAAAUAGUUUGUGUAGAAAGUUCUGGACAAAAUAGAGAUAGUAUUACAGAAAGUUCCUGACUUAUAAUAACACAAAUGUUACUUGAAAUGAAAAACCUUUUUAAUUUUAAAUUCAUUUUUAAUUUUUGUAUGCAGUAUUACACUUUAAUAGCUCUAUACUGCUUGUAUCUGUGCAUGUCUAAUUAAUUAUGGAUCUCUCAGUUAAAGCUCAUGCUGUGAAUUUGGAUCUUAACAAAGAUUUUGCAAAGAUCAUUAAUAAAAAUUACAAAAUGGUU